AUUCCAGCUAAUUACCAGAUUAUGGAGAUCGAUGAACCUAAAGUUUGAUGUGAAGCACGAUGUUCUCCGCUAUUGUUGGACGAUACCUCUCGUACCUGUAAAUCGAUUCGAAGAAGCUACUCAGGAGAUAUUGGUCACACUUAAUGAUAAUUCAGAGUUGUACGAUGAUAUACUGGAAACAUUGCAAAAAUUCGUCACAAAUGUGGAAGAAUUCCUUUCAACAAAAUCAACGAAUUUAUCAUUUAAUGAUCGACCAGAUGAAGCAAUAAAUAUUACCGAAAAUUUCUCUCGUCACGUGGCUAAUAAUCUUGGUGGUAACAAACCAGAUAUUUUUCGUUACUUAGAACGAAUAAGAAGAGUCAACAUCGAUAGUCUUAAUCAUUGGAAUCAAUUAGAAGAUGGAGCGUCAUUAUUUGGGCUUGUUAAGCAUCAAUUUGUUGCAAUAAACUCCAAUAUGGCAGCUAAACUCUCAAAACUUCAAUCUGGCGAGCUGACGAUGUAG